AUGCUUCUCGCCAAAGGCGCAAGUAUAGAAUGUCUUGACCAGUCCGAUGAAUCUCCACUUCUUUGGGCGCUGAGGGCUUGUACCUCCGGGCUCCGUGAAAGGGUAACACGAAGCCAUGGCGCAGUGAUUACGAACGGGACUGGAGAUACAAACGCCGUGGCUCUCUUGAAAGCAGGAUGCGAUCCAAACGCGAAAGACAGGUACCGAUGCACACCUCUGAUGAGCGCCACGGUACAUGGAAAGGUCAGGGUGAUAGCAGCGUUACUCGAAUCGCUGAGGAUCGAUCAAGAUGCACUGGACGACUGUGGAAGAAGUGCGUUCUCGGAAGAUCAGAGAGCGAAGUAUUUUCAUGACAUUCUGGGGAUACUGUCGCAGUGCUCCGACAAGAUCUCUAGUCUUCCCGAAUCUAUCCUCCGUAUGGAUGGCUACCAAGGAGGAAUGGCUUGCGAUGUCUGGCAGAUCUAUAUAGACGGUGAUGGGGCAUAUUAUCGUUGUUCGACAUGCAACAAUUAUCAGUUUGCCAUUUGCGAUGACUGCAAGGCGCGAGGAAUCAUGUGUCUGAACGGGUCGCAUGAAAUGCGUCAAUUUGAACAGGACCGGUUUGGUCUGACAACAUGUAUUGUCCUUGCCGUGGAUUUUUAA